AUGGUCUCCCCGGCUAUUGCGCUGGCGUUCAUCCCUUUCGUGGUGACGCUGCUCAUCCGCUACCGGCACUACUUCUGCCUCUUUUACCGGGCGGUGCUGGUGCGGCGGGUGCGAGACUACCUGACGGGCAUCCCCAAGGAAGAGAGGGCCUUCCAGUACGUCUUGACCCACACCAUCCCGGGAGACCCCCAGCACAUCUUGGAGACCUUUGACCACUGGAGCUACCACUGCGAGUAUCUCAGCAACCUGGGACCCCAGAAAGGUGUGCGAUGGGGACGGAGGAAUGUCCCUGUUUCCAUUGGAGAAAUGUUGGAGGGGAUGGAAUAGGAUGUCCCUGUUUCCAUCGGAGAAAUGUUGGAGGGGAUGGAAUAGGAUGUCCCUGUUUCCAUCGGAGAAAUGUUGGAGGGGAUGGAAUAGGAUGUCCCUGUUUUCAUGGGAGAAAUGGAAUAGGACAUCCUUGUUUUUAUUGGAGAACUGUCAGAGGGGAUGGAAUAGGACGUCCCUAUUUUCGCCAGAGAAAUGUUGGAUGGGAUGGGAAUGCAGUGAGGAAGCCCGGAUCCGUUUGUUUUAAUUUGCCUCUGUUUCUUUUUGACCAGCCUACCCCAUGUUGAAGGCCUGAGACACGAUGUGAUUGCCUUGGCCCCUUGACUUAACCAAGUGGCAGGGAGUUCCAGGGAAUGGGCUCUUCUUAGGUCUAACUGUAAUGAGAGGGAGAGCACACACUGGUAAGGACAUAAGCAGGGGUGCCCAAACUUUUUUCAAAGAGGGCCAGAUUUGAUGAAGUGAACAUGCGUGAGGGCCGGCCAAAGCUUUUUUUAGGAUUGAAGUUGUUGAGCUUUUUUACAAUUUUACUCCGGGUUAAAUUGACCAGCGGACCAGAUUAAACCCCCGAAACGGACUUUGCACAUGCCUGACAUAAGGAGAGCCAUGCUAGAUCAUUGCAGGGGGUUGGACUAGAUGAUCCUUGGAUCCCUUCAGAGGCACAACAGCAGAGAAAGAAAAUAGCCACCAUGUCUCCUCCGUGAAUUUGUUGAAUCUUCUUUUAAAGCCAUCCAAGCUGCUGGCCCUCACUGCCUCCUGGGGAAUUCUGUAGUUUUUAAACUUCCUGUUGCCCCUUCAAGGUGCUGUUUUAUUAGAUGUAUCAUAUUGGCCCAAAUAUAAGCCGCACCUGAAUAUAAGUCGCACCUUUAAAAUUCAAAGGGCGGGAGGGGAGAGAGAGAAAAAGACAAUGCCAGAAUAUAAGCCGCUCUCUUAAAAUUCCACAGUCACUCACACCCGUUUCGUUUUACCGUAUGUCUGUUUCAGCAGCGAUAUCAUAAAAGCCCAUUUUUGUAAGGUUGCAAAUUUAAGCCGCACUGUAACUUUUCACGGUCAGAAUUUUUUGGGGGAAAGUGAGGCUUAUAUUCAGGCCAAUACCUCCACAUUUAGAAGCAGAUCAUAGCGGAAGCAAUCAAACUACUAAAGCAGGCAGCAAAACUGCUGAUCCUAAAUCAGAGUUUUUUAUUUAUAGCUGUGGCCGCUUUUUUGUGGUUUUAGUCUAGAUAGAAUUUUGGGCAUAUGUUGUACUAAUGUCAACUGUGGUAAUCAGUAACCUGCCCUAGAAGUAUUUGUGAAGGGCAGGCUAGAAGCACAAAUAGCAAAUAGAUAAGGCCAGGUCACACGAUCCCUCUUUAUUUCUGCCCAUUUAAAGUGCUCUAGACCGCCUCUGCUAGAAUGCUGUGCCAAAGACUAGAGAGACCGCGGCAACCAUUAAGGAAUGUAGAACCACAGAAUUGUAGAGUUGGAAAGGGGUCCUAAGCGUCAUCUAGUCCAACCCCUGCCAUUUACAGCAGUGAUGUCCAAACUUUUUCAAAGAGGGCCAGAUUUGAUGAAGCGAAGGGCCGUAAGGGCCAACCAAAAUUGCUCAACUUUUUUUAGAAUAGAAGUUGUUGAGCUUCUUUUAGGACUGAAGUUGUUGAGGUUUUUUUUUAGGAUUUUACCCCAGGGCUCAGGGCAGCUAACACCAGUAAAUUACAAGAAAAACAUAACAGGGGGGAAAAAAACCCAAUUUAAAAUGCAAUUUAAAAUGCAGCCUCAUUUUAAAAGUAGCCCAUAGAUCAAAACCAUAAGGGGAGGGAAACAUAAGGGUGAGACGGAGUCCAAAGGCCAGGCGGAACAGCUCUGUCUUGCAGGCCCUGCGGAAAGAUGUCAAGUCCUGCAGGGCCCUGGUCUCUUGUGACAGAGCGUUCCACCAAGUCGGGGCCAGUACUGAAAAGGCCCUGGCCCUAGUUGAGACCAAUAAUAAACUGCCACAGGGGCCAGAUUCAAUUGACCAGCGGGCCGGAUUACGCCCCGAAACAGACUUUGGGCAUGCCUGAUUUACAGCAUUCGAGCCAGGCGCCUAUGUACAGUUAUUGAAAACAACCUGGUUACAAUGAGCUUCUAAGCUCACCAUCUCUUUUAGUUAUUCACUUUGAAACAUCUUUUAGCCCUGACGCACCUGGCCUGUUUUUAGGGCUUAUAGCAUACGCAUGUUAUUUGCAUUAUAAUUACUAUUACGUUGUAUUUCCCCCUUAUGCUGCAAGACACUCAGUAUACGAUUGUAAGAGAGAGUCGUAAGAGCCGGUGGCAUCCGGUCCCAGGUGUUCCCUCACAAUUUAUUGCAGCUUUCAAACUAACCAGGAAUUGGUUGGUUUUCAAAGGAUGAAGUUUCAAAGCAUUUCAGUGAACCAAGAUUCACAGCGGAAGCGAUUCCCAACCCCUCCCAGAGGGCCCGCCCCACAAGCCAACACAAGCAAAGAAUCAUGUUAAUAGACUUUUGGUUGCUUUGUGCCAGUUUCUGGUCGAGGAGCCAACAGCGCAGCUGUAAAUAGUGUUGUGCCCUGUUGCAUUGGCUGCUGGCACACUGAAGCUGCCUGCCAACUGGGUUUCGGCGUCACAGCACAUCCCUUAGAAUUCUAGAGUUGGAAGGGACCCUGAGGAUCAUGUAGUCCGGCCCCCCCUUGCGGGGAUUGAACCUGCAACCUGGGCGUUAUCAGCACCACGCUCCAGCCAGCUAAGAGGAGAGAUUGCUUCUGAGCACAGGCAGAGAGUCUUCACCUCUGACACAGAGGAACCACAGCACUAAAGCCUUGGGCUUCGAGCCAGAGGAUAACUUUUCUGCCUUGAUCCAGGCAGGAGACUGAGCUCCCUAAGUCCGUCCGGCCAAAAUUAGCAGGCCCCAAAUAGCUUCUACAGCUGUACAAGCCGCAUGAGACUUUAGCCCCCGGACUGUGAAGGCAGCAGCUAUUCGUAGGGCCCUGGUGGGCUCCCCCCCCCCCAAUUUUUUUAUUCAUUUUAUAACACAAAUAAACAAUACAAACAGAAAUACAAACAAUACAAAUUCUUGUCUUACCCUUAUUUUUUCAAAACAUUUUUAGGUGAGCUUCCCCAAGUCCCCCCAUCUGAUUUUCAUUUUACCUCAUCUUUAGCAGUUUCAUAUAUCAUAAAUUUUAACCAUUUUUUAUCACACUUACUUUUACCUUAAAAAUCUUCACAUUUCAUCACUUACUAAUAAUACUAUUUUAAAACACACUGUCUUCUACUUCUAACCCUACAGCCUAUAUCCACUUCCAAAGCUAUUCUAAGAUUUAAAUAUUAACGUAUUUUUUCCAAAUAUUCUUUAAACUUCUUCCAGUCUUCUUCCACCGUCUCUUCUCUCUGGUCUCGGAGUCUCCCGGUCAAUUUGGCAAGUUCCAUAUAGUCCAUCAUUUUUGUCUGCCAUUCUUCUAUAGUUGGUAAAUCUUGUUUCUUCCAAUUCUUCGCUAGUAAUAUUCUCGCCUUGGUGGGCUUUUGGGUUUCACAGCCUUCCCCAAGACGGUGCCCUCCUGAGAUUUCAUACUCUGGCUCCCAACAGUCCUGGCCAGCCCCGUGGAGGGCACCGUCUUGGAGAACGCUGUCUUAGAAUAACCGCAGGGAAUAAAUUGGGAAGAGGUGGCUGGCUGCUGGGCAACCUCCAUCCUUCCUCACCCCAAACGCAACCUUGAUUUGAUGCCUUCUAGCCAAGAUCCUGGAGCGGCUGAUCUAUGAGAAGGCUCCCCUCCGAGUCUUGGAGCUGGGCACCUACUGCGGAUACGCCACCAUCCUCAUCGCGCAGCUGUUGCCACUGGGCGCCCGGCUGUACACCGUGGAGAUGGACGAGCGCAAAGCGGCCGUGGCCGAGAAGGUCAUCCGCCUGGCUGGCUUCGACGAUGACACCGUGAGUGCCUUGGGCUUCCACAGCUGCCCUUGCCAAGCUGCCGGGGGACGGGGGGCAGAGCUAGAGGCAAAGUGAGGCGGUUGGUUGCCUUAGGGUGGCAGGCUCUGGAGGGCUGGGGAACGCGGCAGAUUCACCUCCUGUGCUUGUUCGUGCUUCCUCUCCUCUCUGCCGUGAGUCUGUUGUGCCACGGCCAGGCACGUAACUGCAGCCGCGUGGCAGGCAGGCAGAGAAGGACAUGGCAUUUUCUGUUUUGCCCGUUAUAAGAAAAAGUGCUCCUUUUCUCUUUUGGGGUAUUCCAGAGCCCAUAUAGAGUCCUGAAGCAGGUUGCCCAUCAGUAGGAGGAAAUAACAGAGGUCAGCCAGAGUACAGUGGCACCUCUGGUUGCAAACAGGAUCCAUUCCAGAGGCCCGUUCACAACAUGAAUAGAACGCAACCCACAACGGCGCAUCUGCUCACACGCAGGUUGCGAUUCGCCACUUCUUCUUUUUUUUAAAAUGAUAUUUAUUAAAAUUUCAAAAAAUACAAGAAUUACACAAAAACAAAAAAUAAAAAUACAAGAAAAUACAAAAUACAGCAAGAAAAAUAAAAAAAAACCCUUAUUAAGAUAUAACAAAGAAAUGAGAAAUAAAAAGAAACAUACAAAAUAAAAACAGUUAAGAACACAUUAAUUUUCCAUAACAUAUCUUCCUUACACUUAUUUCCCCGGACCUCCUCGUACCUCCCUUUUUUGUAUUCCAGUUCAGUUUAUUAGUUCAGCAAAUCCUUACCAUUAAACUUUUACCCAUUUAUAAACCUUUUUUCGUAUCUCUUAAAGCAUUACAGCUGGAAACCACUUAGUUUCUAUCCAACAUCCUUCUAAGAUUCAUUAAUUUUACAAUAUUUCUGUAAAUAGUCUUUAAAUUUCUUCCAGUCAUCUUUCACCAACUCUUCUCCCUCGUCUCGGAUUCUGCCAGUCAUUUCUGCCAAUUCCAUGUAGUCAAUCACCUUCAUCUGCCAUUCUUCCAGAGUGGGUAGAUCUUGUGUCUUCCAAUACUUUGCAAUGAGUAUUCUUGCUGCUGUUGUAGCAUACGCGAUUCGCCGCUUCUGCGCAUGACGUCAUUUUGUGCAUCUGCGCAUGCGUGAGCGGCGAAACCCGGAAGCAACCCUUUCCCGUACUUCCGGGUCGCCGCGGGACGCAACCUGAAAAAACAUAUCAUGGAGCAAAUGUAACAUGAGGUAUGACUGUAUAUUGAGAAGCAAAGCGACUAGUGAGCCUGAUCUUUAUUGAACUGUUGCAACAGGAUGCCCCCUUCACAUGCAGCAAUUUUGAAAUUGUCCACCCUGUAGCCCAAGACCACCACCCCAAAACAUGAUACAUACAUUGCAGGAGGAGGCAAGUCUACAGCAGAAAUCCUGUCUGCCAGGAUACCUGAUAAUGGUCACUGUUUGCUUUACCUGGGCAGCCUGGCCAUUCUUUUGUGAUGGUAAAUACUUUAGUUCCUGAGUCCCAGGUCAUAGGCUUACCCUAUUCAUACACAAGUAGAAGAAGAAGAAGAAGAAGAGUUUGGAUUUGAUAUCCCGCCUUUCACUCCCUUUAAGGAGUCUCAAAGCGGCUAACAUUCUCCUUUCCCUUCCUCCCCCACAACAAACACUCUGUGAGGUGAGUGGGGCUGAGAGACUUCAAAGAAGUGUGACUAGCCCAAGGUCACCCAGCAGCUGCAUGUGGAGGAGCGGAGAAGCGAACCCGGUUCACCAGAUUACGAGUCUACCGCUCUUAACCACUACACCACACUGGCUCUCUUAAGUACACCCUUAAGACAGGAUUUGCAAUCAAAAGGACAAUGGGAAGUCUUUCCCCAAUUGCCUCCCUUACUGCAGAGGAAUAUUUGAGGUCAUUGGGAGAGUCAAAAUAGCUUCAGGAUUGCUCUCCCACACUAUUUCAGACACAUGGUUCAUAUAUUUAGAUAUGUGUGCAUUUAUGAAUAUUUAUUCUAUAUUGGGAGACCUUAAAAUUCUCGUAACACCCCUAACAGCAAAACCUCCAGGGCUAGCUAGCCCUGGCCUGAGACACAAUCAAGCAGGGCAAACUGGAGCCAUCAGAAGGAAAGAUGCACACUCCCAAGAGUGUGAAUCUUUGUCAAAUUUUUAUUAAACUUCAAAAUAUUUACAUAUAUUUUUUCCCUUUUUUAAAAUAAAGAAACCCCCUUUAUUCAAAAGUUACAAUGCAAUACAUUUUCAAUCCAUAUAUCCCCUCUGCAGACAUCAGUUUUUAAGUUUGUUAACCAUUUCUCUUGAAACAUGACUCCCUGCCUGAGAUCCCACAGAGUCGCUGCUGGCAGUCGGUGCAGGCAGUACUGGGCUAGAUGGGCCCAUGGGCAGAUUUCCCUGUGGGUGGAUCCUGGUGGCAGCCUGCCUCUCUUUCUUUCUUUUUAAUUUUUUAAAUUUAUUUAUUAAAGUUCUUACGUUACAUCGGUAAACAUUAUCACAUUACAUCACAAGGCUUAUUAUACUAUCAUUUUCAACAUGUAUACAAAGUUUAUAUACGAAAAGAAAAACCAGGACGAAAAACUUUCCCAAAAUCUUAUAUGUACCAACACUUUGGACUUCCUGUCUAUCCCAUUGUAUAUUCCUUUUUUACAAAUGAAUGUACUCUUAUUAUUGUAUAUUUCUUUACAUUUUAUCUAAUACAUUCCUAUGUCAAUAUGUACCCUCGGUCUUAUUUCUCAACUCAGUCUCUCUCCAACGUCAAUCGAACACUAGCGUAGAUAGCAAGCCUUUACUGUAUUUUUGAACAUAUAUCUUACAUCUAUCCCACUUUUCCAUAAAUUUUUGUUUUGAAUUGCCUCUCAGGCUACUUGUCAACUGCGCCAUUUCAGCAAAUUCUUGUAGCCUGUUGUGCCAAUCCGUUAUUGUCAGGGCUUCUUCUUCCUUCCACCCCUUUGCCACCAAAGUCCGAGCUGCAGGCGUUGCAUGUAAAAAUACCUCCCUAAAGGCAUUCGGGAUGUCCCUGCCAACAGAAAUGCCUCUGCCUCUCUUUCAACCGCUUCUCUCGCGCAGGUGGAGCUCAUCCGGGGACCCUCGCAGGAAGUCAUCCCCCAGCUGAAGGAGAAAUACGGGCUGAGCCACGUGGACUUCAUCUUCAUGGACCACUGGAAGCGCUGCUACCUGAGAGACCUGCAGCUGUUGGAGGCCCACGACCUCCUCCUGGAAGGGGCCACCAUCGUGGCCGACAACAUCAUCUUCCCCGGCGCGCCUCAUUUCAUGCAGUACGUCAAGGCCUGCGGCAAGUAUAAGUGGAGGAUUCACAGGACCAGUCUGCAGUACUUCCGGGCCAUUCCUGACGGCGUGGCCCAGCUCACCUGGACGGGUCUGCAGUGA